AUGUACCACGAGCUAGGGUGGCUGGAUAGAAUAAUCCACUGGAUCCGCGACCCUGCACCGCUCGCCCUUAUUACCACCGCCUUGGUCCUGUUUGUUGGCGUCCACGCUGUCGGUUACACCGCAGACUACCUCACAAUGCCUUCUACAUAUAGCAAUUCGCCUUUCGUGUCGCUCAAGGCCGACCAGAACUGUGGCAGAGCGAACGGCUCUUCCACGAGCAAGAGCUUCGCAUCACUCAGCGGCAAUGCCACUCCAGCAAUCAAUGGCGGCCUGAACGGCCAAGUCAACGGCCAUACCAAUGGCCACAGCAAUGGCGUCAAGCAUGCAAUCAACGGCGACGAUGAGUUCCUUCGCCUCGACGCACCACAGCAAGACCUGCUCCUCCUACACGGUCCCAGACAGAAGUACUCUCUCGAGAAGUCGAGAGGCAUCCCAGAGCUUCAAGGAGAUCGCGAGAUCCUCGUUCAAGUUCUCGCCAUUGGCUUGAACCCAGUGGACUGGAAGGGUGCAGAUUACGGCUUCAGCCAGCCCAGCUACCCUUGGGUCAACGGCAGAGACUUUGCGGGUAUCGUUGUACGAGCACCACGAGACAGCAGCCGUGUCAAGCAGGGUGACGUUGUCUUUGGACCAUCUACCGACUACAGAGAUGUCAGAAAGGCGGCAUAUCAAGAGUACGUCGUUACAACAGACUACAACGUUACAAGAGUGCCUGCGGGUGUCACGGUCAAGGAGGGAGCCGCGCUUGGUGUGGCAUACGUUGCAGCGGUCACCGCAUUGGGCAUCAGCUUCGGUGUCGACUUCACAAGCCUUCAAUCUGUACCAGCAGGUCCAGAUCUCCUCAGACUCACACGCACUCUGGAACGGAGCAAGGUGCCGCAGGACAUUCACAACGAGAUCUUUAAUGGUAUUCCAGUUAGCGAGCGGCCUAUUCCUGGAGAAUGGCUUGCAAUCUGGGGCGCCAACAGCAUGACCGGACAGAUCUCACUCCAGCUUGCCAAGAACGCAGGUCUCAAGGUUGCAUGCAUCGCAGAUAUUGCAAAGGGCGGUGCUCGACUGUCUGAACUCGGCGCAGACUUCUUGGUCGACAAGUACGACAACAAGCGAGCUGUCGAGAUCCUCAAGGCCGUCACUGGCGGCAAACUUCGCUUCGGCAUUGACUGCAACGGCAAAGACACCGCAACAUCGCUUCAGGACGCGCUUUCAUCUUCAGGUCCACGCGGCCACCUCCUGGGACUGGCUGGCCUUCCCAAAAACAUCGGUCCAAAUGUCGUGCACCACCAGAUCCCCAUCAAGAUCUUCCACGAGGCACCGCAAGUUGGAGAGGCCAUCUCCACGUGGCUCGAAGAUCUGCUUAUCGCUCGUAGCUUGAAGCUUCCAGAGGUCGAGAUCGCAGAAGGCGGCCUUGCUGGCAUCAACGACGCUCUCGACCGCAUGCGCACGGGGCAAAUCGGAGGCAGGAGAAUCGUUGUUCCUGUUGGCGGAGAGAAGAGCGGCGCUCAAUCCCCAGCACCAGCCGGUGUUGUACCCAACGGUAUCGGAAACGCAGCAGUCGGAAGUAGCAGCAAUGAUCUCAGCUACGCCGACGAGAUGAACAGUGACCCCGAACGUGUUCGUUUCGCGUACUGGGUACCAAACGUAUCCGGUGGUCUCGUCAUCAGCAAGAUUAAGCAGAACACCCGGUGGGAUCUGAAGUCGAACGUCACAUACGCAAGGACCGCCGAGAAGUUUGGUUUCGAGUAUGCCCUUUCGCAGAUUCGUUUCAUGGCGGGCUAUGGUGCUGAGAACCAACACGAGCCGGUGUCGUUCUCGCAAGCCCUGCUCAUGAAUACCGAACGAUUGAAGGUCAUCGCUGCGUUGUUGCCGGGACCUUGGAACCCAGCAGUCGCAGCCAAGCAGAUAGCUUCGAUUGAUAACUACUGCGACGGCCGUGUUUGCGUCAAUGUUGUGUCGGGAUGGUUCCGAGCUGAGUUCGCAUCCAUCGGCCAGUGGUGGCUCGACCAUGCUGAGCGUUACCGCCGCUCCAAGGAAUUCAUCGCCUGUCUGAAGGGCAUCUGGACCAACGAAAAGUUCACCUACAACGGCGACUUCUACCAAUUCCACGACUACCCCCUCAAGCCCAAGCCCCUCAACCUCCCAGGCCGUCCAUACCCCGAAAUAUUUCAAGGUGGAAACUCCGACGACGCCAAAGAGAACGCAGGCUCCGUCUCCGACUACUACUUCAUGAACGGCAACACCCUCGAGGGCUUCCAGACCCAAAUCGCCGAUGUGAAAGAGCGUGCGAAGAAGAAUAACCGUGAGGGCCAGGUUGGCUUCGCACUGAACGCGUUCGUCAUCUGCCGCGAGACUGAGGAGGAAGCUAUCCGCGUCCUGCAAGACAUUCAGGGCAAGGCAGACCCAGAAGCCGUCGAGGGAUUCCGACAACAAGUCCAAAACGCUGGCUCGUCAACCGGCAACAAGAGUGGCAUGUGGGCGAACAGCAAGUUUGAAGAUCUGGUACAAUACAACGACGGCUUCAAAACGAAGUUGAUCGGUACAAAGGAGCAGAUUGCCGAGCGAAUCGUGCUGCUCAAGAGUCUGGGCGUCAACAUCAUCUUGACGGCUUUCUUGCACUAUGAUGAGGAGAUUGAGGCUUUUGGACGGGAGGUGUUGCCGCUUGUGAGAGAGCUGGAGAGGCAAGGGCGUGGAAGGGAUGAGGCGCAUGAGAUCAGUAUUACGGGGGAUGUUUAUAAGAAGAAGUGA